GUAUGUCCUGUGCGCGUUCCCGGUUUGGAGAGGUCCGUGCCAUGUCCACCCGCCUAGGGGAAAAGGUGCUUUGUUUCUCAAAGCUAUAAUUCAAGAAAACUGACUAAAUGUAUCGAUGAGCGAUCAGCCAUAAAGGCCAAGCCCAGACAACCAGAACCCUGGUCUGAUCAGAACCCCUUUCUCCUCCCCCUGUUGCCGACUGCCGACGCCCUGGGACCCGUCGUCGCCAUGGAGACGGUGGUGAUCGUGGCCAUUGGGGUGCUGGCCACCAUCUUCCUGGCCUCCUUCAUUGCCCUGGUGGUGGUGUGUCGACACCGCUACUGCCACCCCCACCACCUGCUGCACCACUUCAACUCCAAGUCCAAUGGACUGACCUGCUGGUUUGAAGCUAUAAAUCUAUGGAUUGAACAGAGCGACUUCACAGCACUAAGACCCAAUGUUGACCUGAUCGGUGCCAUGGAAACCCAGAGUGAGCCGUCUGAGCUGGAGCUGGACGACGUGGUCAUCACCAACCCUCACAUCGAGGCCAUCCUGGAGAACGAGGACUGGAUCGAGGACGCCUCUGGCUUGGUUUCGCAUUGUAUAUCCAUCUUAAAGAUCUGCCACACCCUGACUGAAAAGCUGGUUGCCAUGACAAUGGGCUCAGGCGCUAAGGUGAAAGCCCCAGCCAGCCUCAGUGACAUCAUCACUGUGGCUAAACGCAUCAGUCCGAGGGUGGAUGACGUUGUGCGAUCUAUGUACCCUCCACUGGACCCCAUACUCCUGGAUGCCAGGGCCACCGCCCUCCUUCUGUCAGUCAGUCACCUGGUGCUGGUGACCCGCAACGCCUGUCACAUGUCUGGCAGCAUGGACUGGAUCGACCAAUCACUGCACGCCGCUGAGGAUCACAUGGUGGUGCUGCGGGAGGCGGCGCUAGCGUCCGAACCGGAACGGAGUCUACCUGGAAUAGACGUGCAGAGAGAGCAGGCCAUCUAGAACACACAGACACAUACAUACACACAUGCAUACACUCCUUCUCUAUACAUUAUACACAUCUCGGGCACAUUCUCACACGUACACAAUGCUUGAUAAACACACAAUAAGAAAACGCAACACAUUCCCACUUUCCCGCUGCCGUUCUGUGCUGAUUUACAUACAGAUGGGUUGCCAGAUAAUAGAAUAGAGCUGGUUUUAGAAACCGACAGGUGCCAGAUCCUUGUGCUAUUUUCCUCUUGAUCCUUUCACUUUUAUCAUGUUUCUGGUUUUGUAUAUAGUUAUGUAUAACCAUAAUGCAUGUUAUGAUUAGGAUCUAUAUAGGUUUUAUGUUACACUCUCAGAUUCAUAUUGUCUUGUAAGUAAAGUGCAGAGCUCACUGAGAUAGGCUUGUGUGUAGUUGUUGCCAUGGACGACUGGCCCCUUGAUAUUCAUUCCUGAUUCCAUCUUCCAGUGGUGAGCUGUAAUCCGCCCCGUUAGGAGUGCACAGUCACAUGGAAGCUUAAAUUUAGUCAACUAAUCCGUGUGGG